GCCGCGCCCGCUGCGCUCGGUCGGUGUAUGCAGAAUAUCUCUGGGGAAGCAGCUGACCAGACGUCUCCUUCACAAAGGAAUAUAUUUGCAGGGAGAGUGAAAGGGAAUCUCCUUCAGGAUACGCUGCAGUGUGGUGACAGAGGACUCCCUUGCAAGGUGGGACAUACGAGCUUGGAUCUUAUCAGACCAAGGAGGAGUUGAAUUGUAGGUAAUAAUGAAUCAAACGGACAAAAAUCAACAGGAAGUCCCAUCCUACCUUCAUGAUGAACCACCAGAAGGUGCACUGAAGGACCACCCGCAGCAGCAGCCGGGCAUGCUUUCCCGUGUGACUGGUGGCAUCUUCAGUGUAACGAAGGGGGCUGUUGGUGCCACGAUUGGGGGUGUUGCCUGGAUUGGAGGGAAGAGCUUGGAAAUCACCAAAACAGCAGUCACGUCUGUGCCUUCGAUGGGAGUAGGGCUAGUCAAAGGGAGUGUUUCUGCUGUGGCUGGAGGUGUCACAGCUGUAGGAUCUGCUGUUGCAAGUAAAGUGCCUUUAACGGGAAAGAAAAAGGAUAAGUCUGACUAAAGCCAAAACUGAGAGACGUACUUGAUUCUCCAGAACAUUACAUCGGUGGCGUUAAAAUCUGCUGAGAUUUGGACCAUGAGAAGCCAUGCGUCUUAGACACUCCAUCUUCUACAGAGCUGUGCAAGUAACUUAAUUUCAUCUGAAAAGGACAGAAGAAGCUUGGGUAGCACAGUGUCUGAAGACUUGUUAGAGCCUAGAUUCAAGCUUUGUAUCUGGUGAAAUGUUAACACUUGGUAACUAUAGAAGUGAGUACGUGUAUCUGAAGGGAUUAUACAUAUUUGAAUAUUCACUUACUGUAAGUCUUGCAGUUGUGGACUAAAAUGUGAACAUAGAAACUUACCUUGGUAAUGUCUGCCGUACCAUCUGUUUGAUGGGGUGCCGUUUACUGUCCUCAGUGGCAUCCACAUCCUCCUGCUAAGGAUCCUUGAGCUGUGUAAUGGCGUUAUUGGAUGUGCCUAAAUAGUUACAAAACUGUUUGUUUGAAGCCUGAAAAUUAUCAAUGCGUUCUGCCAGAGCGAGCUGGCAGCAAACAGAACUGGAGGUGUGCAGAAAUUGGAAAUGAGUAGGAGAGAGGAGGUGACAAAGUUUAAUAACAUGGUAGAAGGGAUCAUAAAAACCAACUUCAUGCCUUAUUCGGAAAAAAAGAAAACGUCUCUUUACUAGGUGAAGCUGUGUAAACUGUGUCCUGUUAUUUCUGUACAGUUCACAGAACAAGCUUUAGAGACUCUUUAUGACUCCUGGUAUCUGAAACUUUUAGUCAAUUUUUACUGAAUACAAGAUUGCAAAUUCUCAGGUGUAUUUAAUGAUAUGCAUCUAUUUCCUGCAAGUGAAAACUUGCUUCUGAUCAACUCCUUAGCGACACUAGAAAAAAAUGUUGGCUUCGUGGAAACUGGGCAGGUGUUUGUGGUCAUCUAGCACAACUGUGUAACGUGGAAGAAGUUACUUGGUGUAGCUGGGAACCACUGAAGAACUAGCAAAACUGUUUCAACUCCGUGGUGUGCCAGGUUAGUUUCUUGCUCGGUUUAAACAAAUGCAAGAAUUUUUCACUACAUCUUUAUCUCAUACUUUUCAUCUUGAUUUUGAGUAAAAUGCAAUACUUUUAUUUAAAAAUAAACCAAAAACAGGCAUCAGAGGCCUUAAAAAAACACAUAUAUAUCGUCCAAGUAAACUGUAUACUGACAGAUUCCAAACUUUGACACACCUCAAAGGAGAACACCUACAGGUCCUCUGCAGUAGAUGAGGCAAAAUGCACUCCUAAGACACAGCUUGAGGUUGCCUUAAAAUAGAAGCUGUUGGUGAUUUUUGUUUUCCCCCCACGUGUUGACUUCAUAAAUAAGUAACUUCUCUGGAAGCCCAUAAUAGAAGGCUGUGAACAUUGUGUAUGCAGUAUUUUCUUAAACUCGUGUUCCUACAAAAAACUUCUAAGCAUGUAAAAGCUUACUUUUUCAGUGGCUAUGGUUGUACAAGAAGGAUAUAUAGGGAGACUUUUUAGAAAUUAAAAAAAAUCAAA